AUGGCCUCGGAGCUGGCCAUGAGCGGCGAGCUGCCCACGAGCCCCCUCGCCAUCGAGUACGUGAACGAUUUCGACCUGAUGAAGUUCGAGGUGAAGAAGGAGCCGGCGGAGGCGGAGCGGCUGUGCCACCGCCUGCCCGCCGGGUCCCUGUCGUCCACCCCGCUCAGCACGCCCUGCUCCUCCGUGCCUUCCUCGCCCAGCUUCUGCGCUCCCAGCCCCGGCGGGCAACCGGCCCCAGGUCCCCCGGCGACCACCGCAGCUUCGCUGGGCUCCAAACAGCAGCUGGAGGAGCUGUACUGGAUGUCGGGUUACCAGCAUCACCUCAACCCCGAAGCUCUCAACCUGACGCCGGAGGACGCGGUGGAGGCGUUGAUCGGUGCCCCUCACCAUCAUCAUCAUCACCACCAAGGGUACGAGCCCUUCCGACCUCAAGCCUUCGGGGGUGAGGAGCUGCCGCCGGCCGCCCAUCACCAUCCCGGCCAUCACCAUCAUCAUCAUCACCACCUACGCCUGGAGGACCGGUUCUCCGACGAUCAGCUGGUGAGUAUGUCCGUGCGGGAGCUGAACCGGCAGCUGCGGGGCUUCAGCAAGGAGGAGGUGAUCCGCCUCAAGCAGAAGAGGAGGACCUUGAAGAACCGGGGCUACGCUCAAUCCUGCCGCUACAAGCGGGUCCAGCAGCGGCACAUCUUGGAGAACGAGAAAUGCCAACUGCAGAGCCAGGUGGAGCAGCUCAAGCAGGAGGUGACCCGCUUGGCCAAGGAAAGGGAUCUGUACAAAGAAAAAUACGAGAAGUUGGCCGGCCGGGGCUUCCCGAGGGAGCCCUCCCCAUCCGCAGCCCCGAAAGCCACCGCUGACUUCUUCAUGUGAGCCGGGCUGGUGGCAUGGGGUGGGAUCCCCUUUUUUGGUUUUUUUUUUUUUUUUUCCUCAUGCGGGGAGAGCAAACUCGCCGCUUAUAUUAAAAAAAAAAAAAGAAAAAAGAAAAAAAUUAAUAUUAUGAAAUCCCCACUGAAAUUUUGGGGAGGGAAAGUUGAACUCCCUCCCUCCCACCACGCACCCACCCCUCGGGACUCGGGGGUCCCGGGGUGGGGGAGUGGGGGGCAGCCCUGCAUGCGGGACGUGUACGGCCACCCGCCCCCCUUCCCGGGAGCAUCAGCUCCAUCCAGGUGGCUUGUCCCCACCUUUUCCUGCGGGUUUUCCCCUCCGUUGGGAUUUUUAUUCUUCGAGGUAUCCCCACGGAUCGGCCGGGGGGGUCCCCGGCAGCGCUGCGCCCUGCCCGGCCCCUCCGCCCACCCCCCGUUCCCGGCCGGCAAACCUGAGCCACACUUAACUUAUUCACCCUUGUAAAUAUGUAGAAAAUUAGUUCGUUUUUGCCUUUUUUUUUUUUCUUUUCCUUUUAUUUUUUUUCCUCGAGCCUAUAUUUUGCUUGGUGAUUUACGAGAAAAAGAAAACGAACAAAAAAAAGAAAAACCAACAAAAAAACCCUAAAAUCCUUUAGAAAAGAGAAAAAAAAAUUACACGAGUCUUAAAAAGUUUGUAUGUAAUAGCAUGCAAAUAAUAUCCGAGUUAAUUUAACGAUGUUGGGAAGAAGCCGAAUGCACUAUAUACAGGAAUCGAUUGGGUGAAAUAAUACUGUUUUAUAGAGAUUUAAAAUUAUCUAUGCUCUUAAAAAUAGUGGGGAGGGGAGGGAGGGGAAGAGGUAACAAUUUUAGGGUGACCUGAAAGGCAAUAUAGUAAUAUAUGGACUGCAAACGGUUGGCUGCUAUCUCACUAUGCACCAGAUUUAUUUAUUAACCCUCGGGAAACGGAAAAUCUUAUUUUAACCUCGAUGUUUGGAGAAAAAAAAAAAGAAAAAACGGACGGCAAGAAAAUGCACAUUAUUUGUUGUGGAAACAAGAGAAAAAAGAGGAUUAAGAAUUUGUGCAAUCGUUGGAGCGAAAGCGGGACCGAUCCUGCGCGGAGGAGCGGGGCGGGUUUGUUUGUUUGUUUUUUUAAAAAACGAGUUGCUUAUUUAAAAAAGGAGAAAAAAAAUUAAAAAAACAAAUUUUGGGGGGAAACAAAAGGGUCCUGCGGACAAAGCGAGCUUGGGAGCCUGGUGCAUUUUAGGGACUGAUCGUGCAAAGUGUUUUUAACGACCUGUUGUUUCGAUUUGUGACGGUUUUAAUGAUGUUGCAUCAAGAUAAAAACUUAUAUUCAACUAGA